GUUGUUCACUUUAUAUCAAUAAUUUCACUUGUUUGACAAUGUACUUUUUAUUUUCUUUGUCUGUAUUUAUUCCAUUGAUAAGUGGUCUUGUGCCUGUGCAGAAUACAGAAGAUAAUCUUAUUCCGUUCCUUGUGCAUGAGUUUGAAGAUUUGAAAGGCCUUGUCGGAGAUUUAAAGACGAAACUUGAAUCCGCAGAGAAGAAGGACGAUAACCUUGCUAAAGGAUUGACAAACGCUGAAAACAUACUCAAGGAACUUACCGAAAACCAUGACGCUCACAGAAGAGCAUUCACUGAGGCCCAGGUUGCAUUCUAUGCCAAAUUGUCUGCCAGUGUUCAUGGACUAAGUCCUCACCAAACCAUAAUAUUCGAUGCUCUUGUAACAACAACACAGACAUCUAUUUAUGAUACGACAACUGGUAUUUUCACCGCUCCAGUUUCCGGCAUGUACGUCAUUUCCUGGACAGCUAAUGUCGACCAUCAAGAGUCCCAGGCAACAGAGCUAAUGAUCAAUGGUAGAUCUAAAGCUUGGAAUUUUGCCGACACAGCCGGAAGUGAAGAUAGAGACUAUGGAAGUGCCUCUCAGACCGUUGUAUUGCAGGUAAACAAAGGUGAAAAUGUUUGGGUUCGUACUGGUACCAAUGGAAAAGGCGAUGUCAGUGGCCAUGAUUACAGUACAUUCUCAGCGUUUUUACUCUUCCCUCAUUCUUUGUAG